UCAAUUUGAUAUUUUUAUUUGUUAUGUUUUCUUUGCUAGAGGACUUGUUUGUUACACCUUCAAUUGAUCGAAUUCUGUCCCAGUCCAGUAAUUCCAGUAAAUAAAGGAAGUCCAUUCAGAAAGUGGUAGAUGCCCAAAUGGUUGCUUCAUUGACGGUUUCAAAUGUUAGAAAAACACUUGGACGAUAUGAUCGCAUCGCUGCUCAGCUGGAGGACCGAUAAAAGAAUGUCAGUACCUGAAUCAGAUCUAAUGAAAAUGUUGAAGCUUGCCCGGGAGGUUCUUAUGUCAGAGCCAAUGUUGUUAACAGUGGAAGCUCCUAUCAAUGUUCUCGGUGAUAUACAUGGUCAAUAUAAUGAUCUACUGCGUUACUUCGAGACGUCUGGACACCCUCCAACAAAGCGCUAUUUGAUGCUUGGCGACUAUGUGGAUCGGGGCAAAUACUCAGUUGAGACACUCACGCUGUUGUUGGCAUAUAAAGUGCGGUACCCGACAAGCAUACACUUACUGCGUGGAAACCAUGAAUCGGCUGCUAUCAAUCGUUUUUAUGGAUUCUAUGAUGAAUGCAAACGCCGCUUCACUAUUCGUCUGUGGCGGAUGUUCGUCGACUGCUACGACUGUCUGCCGGUGGCUGCAAUAAUUAAUUCGAAAAUCUUCUGUUGCCACGGAGGUCUGAGUCCAUCACUCAAUGAUAUGAAUGAUAUCCAAUAUUUACAAAGACCGGCCGAAGUCGAUCGGAAUGGACUUUUGUGUGAUUUACUCUGGUCUGAUCCGGAUCCAACCGCAGUUGGCUGGGGCAAGAACUCACGUGGAGUAAGCUUCACUUUUGGAGUCGAUAUCGUUGAAGCGUUUCUCACCCGUUUUAGUUUUGAUCUAAUAUGUCGUGCCCACCAGGUUGUUGAGGACGGCUAUGAAUUCUUUGCUAAGCGUCAACUGAUAACAGUGUUUUCUGCUGUUAAUUAUUGCGGCGAAUUUGAUAAUGCCGGAGCGAUGAUGUGUGUGGAUGCCGAGCUUAAUAUUACAUUGGUAGUGAUGAAACCAAAAAAAAGAGUAGGGAUAGCGACCAAGCCGGUUAUUGAGAAGAUGCCUGAUCAAUUCUGACAUUUUUUCAAUUAUCAACUUACAAUCGUAUCGGUCUCAAGUAUUAGAAGAAAUAUAAAAAUAAAAGUAACUGCUUGAACCAAUUCUGUACCACUAUAUGUACUUAACAACGUAUGAAAGUUAACAAUGUCAAUGGAGAGUAAAAUGUUAUAAACUAUUAUGUCUCGUGAAUGUUAUAUAUGUACAUAUUAGAAUGUAUUUUGAUCAGUUAAAUCCAAAUCUCUAAUUCGCUCUAAUUAGUUUGAGUCAAGAUAACUUUAAGCAAAA